CCCUCGCUGUGCUCGGCUCUGCACGCCGCACAACAGCUGAGCACAGCGCGCAGGCCACAGGCACCCAGGCCGCAGCCCACAGGCAGCAGGCGAGCCAGCACCUGAGGAUGAGGUGAACUCAGGAGGGACCCAGCCCACCGAUGGACUCCGAGGACUACCCCUCGCUGCAGGCACCCUCGCCGUACCUGCUGGGCAUGGCGUCGCUGCGCCUGCCCGACUCGGAGGAAUACCCGUUCGACAGCCGGCGGGAGCCCGUCAACAAGGAGGUGGUCUCGUCGUCGUCCACGCCGGAAGUAGCCAUCCGCCACAUCUCGAGCGCCCGCCACCGCCACUCGAACCACUUCGACCCCUCGCUGGGGCCGCUCGGGGGCCCCGUCGGCGGUGGCGGCGGCGCGCACGGCCGCGGCAUCCUGGACCUGUUUGGCCAGGCCGUCAAGGAUGCCGUCAACGUGGCCUCGUCCGCCAUGGCCGACCAAAACGACACCGCCGAGGGCCUCGUGCAGGACCUCGGCACAUCGACGCGCUUCAUCGACACGUUCAAGCGCGGCGACAACCGCACCAGCAUCGAGGUGGAGCUCGGCGACGAACUGCUGUACCGCUACUCCUUCACCACGGCGCUCGUCUACUUCAUCGCGUACCUGCUCGUGUUCGCCAUCGGCCUGGUGGGCAACUGCUUCGUCAUCGCGGUCGUGUUCCGCUCCCCCCGCAUGCGCACCGUCACCAACUACUUCAUCGUGAACCUGGCUGUGGCGGACAUCCUCGUCAUCGUCUUCUGCCUGCCCGCCACCCUCAUGUCGAGCAUCUUCGUUCGUGAGUACCCACUUUGUUUAUCGUCGUUGUUUUGGUGGCGGUGGUAUUUUUAGCAGGUUUUUUGUGGC